UAAAAAAGUUACUUAGAAGAAAGAACAGUGUUAGUUACUGUGACAGUGAGAAUGACAAUGACUAGGUUUUAACCCUUUGGUUUUGGGUUGGAAGCAUAAUAACCUCUCCCCACAAACGAUGUACCAACGUUCUUGUCGGGACAAACACCAUACGACCCACCUUUUGUUCCUCCGCUUCCAUCCAUGGCAGACUACGAAACCAGCCACAACCACAACCACCACCACAGCAACCACCACCAGCAACCGGUGUCUAAAGAAACAGCGUUUCAGGCGCUGAACACCAUAAUCCAGCUUCACUUCGAGAAGACCCUGGAGAAGAAACGGGCCAUAGACCUUCAGAAGAAGGAGCUUCACAAGCUCUUUCAGAUUUUCUUCAUCUUCCUCGCUCUCCUCUUCCUCGCCCAGUCCCAGUCCUCGCGCCUCCAAUGCCGUCACUGCUGGAUCCCCAUCACGCUGCUCUCCAUCGCCCACCUCAUCUUCUACGUCUCCGUCGCCCAGACCCUCCGCUGCAUCAACGGCUUCAAGUACCAGCGCCGCUGCCACAAGCUCACUCUCGGCCUCGCCACCGAGAAGCUCCGGGAGAUCAAGAUCAGGCUCGGCGCCGCCAACGGUGGUGACUACGAUGGUGUUGCCGAUGAGGAGUUCGAGAUUCACUACCAGGAACCCCCCGAGAGCUACUUCGGAAAGUUUAAGAGGAAUUGGGCACUUCAUUUUGGUUUCUUAAUCUUGAUCUACGCUUUUAUGAUCUCUUCCUCUGUCGUUCUUUUGUGUUUUUAAUCAAGGAUGCUCUUUUAUUAGUUUAGUGAGAUUGACAGAGAUGUGCCAAAUUAAUUAUGGUUAUGGGUAUAGAUUUUGUAUGAUU